UCCCCAUUUGGAAGAGGCAAGGCUGGGUUCCGCUCUUCCUACAUGCGCUUUCCAUUUUUAGCUUCAUUCAGACGCAGACAGCAGCUCCUUUCCUCUUCCUCUCCUUGUUUGUGACACUUUUCUGAGGCAGCUUUUCCACAGGCGACUAAGUGGUCUCACAGCCAUGACCCCACGUUUUCUUCAGCCUGGAAUAUUUUUUUUCUUUCUGAGGCAUUAGGGAAGGGGUCUGAAAAAGGCUGCUACACAGUGUAGCUCGGACGCUGUGAGUUUCAAGAAUCUGGUGAAAGGGAGAGAGUGGACAAUGAAAAUGGACAUGGAGGAUGCUGACAUGACUCUGUGGACAGAAGCUGAUUUUGAAGAGAAGUGCACAUACAUUGUAAACGAUCACCCGUUGGAUCCCAGUGCCGACGGAGGCACCCUAACUCAGGCAGAGGCUUCCUUGCCAAGGAACUUGACUUUCAAAUAUGCAUCUAACUGCAAAGAGGUCACUGGAGUUAUAAGCAAAGAGUACAUCCCAAAAGGAACACGCUUUGGACCCCUGGUAGGAGAGAUCUAUACCAGCGAUACGGUUCCCAAGAAUGCAAACAGAAAAUACUUUUGGCGGAUCUAUUCAAGUGGUGAACUUCACCACUUUAUUGACGGAUUUAAUGAGGACAAGAGCAACUGGAUGCGUUAUGUAAACCCUGGCUACUCUGUUCAGGAACAGAACUUGGCUGCUUGUCAGAAUGGAAUGAACAUCUACUUCUACACCAUCAAGCCCAUCCCUGCCAACCAAGAGCUACUUGUGUGGUAUUGCCGAGAUUUUGCGGAGAGACUGCACUAUCCCUCCUCCAGAGAGCUGACAAUGAUGAACCUCACACAAACCCACGUUAACCCAAAGGAGCACAGUACUGAUAAAGAUGAGCUCUAUCAGAAAAGUAUCCCAAAGAAGGAGCACAGUGUGAAAGAAAUCCUGAAAAUGGAAUCAAAUCCUCCAAAAGGAAAAGACUUUUUCCAGACCAACAUUUCACCAGUUACUCCAGAAAAAGACUUGGAUGAUUUGCGUAAGAACUAUAGCCCAGAGAGGUGUUUCUUCCCUCGAGUUGUCUACCCUAUUCGACCCCACAUUCCAGAAGACUAUCUGAAAGCUUCCUUAGCAUAUGGGAUGGACAGACCCAGCUACAUUACUCACUCACCCAUCCAGACAUCUACGACGCCGAGUCCUUCCGGGAGGAGCAGCCCAGACCAAAGUUUAAAAAGUUCAAGCCCCCACAGCAGUCCAGGGGUCACGGUUUCACCUCUGGCACCUACUUCUCAAGAACACAGAGAGCCAUACUCAUACUUGAAUGGAUCGUAUGGCUCAGAAGGAUUGGGGUCUUAUCCUGGAUAUGCACCCCCUGGCCACCUCCCACCUGCUUUUCUACCGUCCUAUAAUCCCCACUACCCCAAAUUCCUAUUACCUCCAUUCAAUAUGAGCUGUAAUAACCUGAGCGCUUUGAACAAUAUCAAUGGCAUCAACAAUUUCAAUCUCUUCCCGAGGAUGUAUCCUCUAUAUGGCAACCUGCUCAGUGGAGGUAGCCUUUCACACCACAUGUUGAACCCCACCACGCUUCCCAGUUCGUUGCCCAGUGAAGGAAGCCGUCGAUUGCUGCAGCCUGAUCAUCCGAGAGACUUCCUCAUACCAGCACCUAACAGUGCCUUCUCUAUCACGGGCGCUGCUGCCAGCAUGAAGGACAAGCCAUGCAGCCCUACCAGCGGGUCACCCACAGCUGGUACAGCAGCCAGUUCGGAACACAUAAUGCAACCUAAACCUACCUCAGUGGUGUUGGCUGCCACCGGUGGUGAAGAAGCCAUGAAUCUCAUUAAAAGUAAGAGGAAUGUGACCGGUUACAAAACCCUCCCAUACCCACUGAAGAAGCAGAACGGGAAGAUCAAGUAUGAAUGCAACGUUUGCUCCAAGACCUUUGGCCAGCUUUCCAAUCUGAAGGUGCACCUCCGUGUACACAGUGGAGAGAGACCAUUUAAAUGCCAGACAUGCAAUAAAGGCUUCACGCAGCUGGCUCACCUCCAGAAGCACUAUCUGGUACACACGGGAGAAAAACCCCACGAGUGUCAGGUUUGUCACAAGCGGUUCAGCAGCACCAGCAAUCUCAAAACCCACCUGCGGCUCCACUCUGGAGAGAAGCCUUACCAGUGCAAGCUCUGCCCAGCCAAAUUCACCCAGUUUGUGCACCUGAAGCUGCACAAGCGUCUCCAUACCCGGGAACGUCCCCAUAAAUGCAUCCACUGCCACAAGAGCUACAUUCACCUCUGUAGCCUCCAGGUCCACCUGAAGGGCAACUGCCCUGUCGCCCCUGCCUCUGGCCUCUCAAUGGAGGACCUGAAUCGAAUCAACGAGGAGAUUGAGAAGUUCGACAUCAGUGACAAUGCCGACAAGUUGGAAGAAGUGGAGGACAAUAUCGACUUAACAUCUAUUGUGGAGAAGGAUAUACUGGCCAUGCUCAGAAGGGAAAUGGAAGGAGCUAAUCUGAAAGCAUCUCUGCAGAGGAACCUGGGAAAUGGACUUAUCUCCUCAGGAUGCAACGUUUAUGAAUCGUCAGAUAUGUCAGUUAUGAAGUUGCCUCAUGGUCACCCACUACCUCUGUUACCUGUAAAGGUCAAGCAAGAAACAGUUGAACCAAUGGACCCUUAAGAUGUUUUGGCAAAGUGAUUUUUUCUUUUUUUAUUUAUGACUUGGCAAGUCAGGGUGCCUGUAGCAGUUGCUUGUACAUAGUUUCAAUGCUGCAAAGCAAUCUCGGCUUACAGUAGUUUCCCUACGCUCUCCAGCUGAAAGAAGGAACUCCAAAGUUACUGUUUUCUCAGGGCAUAAAAAGAGGCAAAGGACUGUACGUUGCCUCUCCAGUUACUAAAAGACAAUCAUCUAUCCAUAAUUAUUUUUUCAAUGAUAGUACUUCAUAAUUUAUUAUGCAAUUAAUCUUUCUAAAAGCAAUAAUUAGGAAAAUGUUUACAAUGACUGGAAAAUUCAUUGUAAUUUUUACUUUAAAUGUUUUUAUUUUUUGUUUUAUGGCCAUUCUUUGUAGAUAUUUUUUCUGCACAUCUGUUUUAAGAACCUAAGAUUGGGGUUUCAGUAAAUGUGUUUUAUGUACCGAUGUCUUUUAAACAAAUGUGGUUUUUCAUAUUGCCAAAGUUGGACAUUUGACAUACAAAAUCCUAGAUCUGUUGGUUUGAAAAAAAUGCUGUGUACUUUUAUGUGCAAAUCACUCCACUGGGAAUUGAAAAGGAAAGAAAAAAAACCCAACAGAGUAGCAGCAAGCAGGGAAGAAACUGCUGCCUCUGCCUCUCUUGGGAUAGGAGAGAGAUUCUUCUGCCUGCAGCUCUACCCAGAACAGAUGUGGCACAGCAACCUCCUACCUGCCAUGGACAAUACCACAGAUUUUUAGAAUACAGCUACAGCCCCACACAUUGUCAUGUAAUUUUUUGACCAAAGGAAUGCAUCAGCUUGAAGUGGCUCUUCCAAAAUAAAAUCUCAUUUACAUUCUUUUGUUUCCAAAAGUGGUUUAAAAGCAAACAUACAAAUAUUCUUAAUGUUCUGCCUAAAAGGAGGUUUUUGGCAGACUUCUUUUUUUCUUUUUCUUUUUUUUUUUUUUUUUUUUGGCCAGAGCCUUCCAGGGAUUAAAACAAAACCAAAAUGGUCAGACUCCCUGAGAAAGAAAGGAGGGGUUCAGUUUUACUUGUAUUUUCCUCUCCCACUUUGCCUGGGUAGAGGUGGGGAACAAAGUCCUUUCCUGGCACAUACUUUUUUCUUCCUUCCUGUACGAGUCAGAUUUUUCUCAGUAUUUGUGUUUGUACAUUUUGUGGUUAAUUUAAUUAAAGAAGAAAAGGGCAUUGCAAAGUUGUUGAACAACAAUUACCUCAGUGCUUGUGUCCAGUGGUGCAGACAAUGCUGUUUUAUCUAAAUGCUUUGCUACUUUAGAGAAGAAACCAAAAUGUGCACAGGGAAAGAUAGAAUGCACGUCCUUUUAUCUUUUGUUUUGCUAAGCCCAAAGAUGAUAUGGUGACAUUUGAGGUGUAGCAAAGAAUACAUGUAUAUUUAUAGAUAUAUUUAUACCACUAUACUAUAUAUGUAUAUGUAUAUAUAUUUAUAUCACUUAAGUUGUGAGCCAAACCAUGUAAUAAAACCUAUUUUUCAUCUAAGCGUGAAAAUCAAAUGUUAUCCACGUUUGCAUAUUACCAAUGACCUCAAAACCAGAAGGUUGUACUAAGGCAUUUACCACUUGUAAGUACACAUGCAUCCCUGUCCAGGCAAAGCCUGAACUUGCAAACACCUUAUGUGGUGACAUCACCCACAUGUGACAUCUCGGCGAAUUCGGUGUGAAUGACCCAGUUUGCAGGAUGGGGGUCAUCAGUCCCCUGCUCUCCUGGCAGUGUGUACUGGGGGGAAGGAGGCGGGUGGUCAGCAAACAGCCAGAAAAUGUAACUGAAAGAACUUGAAAAGAAGCCAAAUAUGACCUGUUCGUGGUGUGUUCACAAAAGAUAGUGCAGGGCAGGAUAGAAGUUAGUUGGGAUGAGCCCCUCAUUUUGUUUUAAUGAGACAUUAAUGGGUUGCAUGUUCAACUCACAUAAGUAGCAUUGUUACAUACCUCCCCUCUGUCUGUAGCUUUUUAUGUGGUUAAAUCCUUACAAUUUAAAAAUAGCCCACUUCUGCAAUCCAGAAUUCAGUGAUUUUUUUUUCAGCAAACUUCAUUUUAAUGCCUUCUGUUAAAAAAAAACCCAAACAAUCCUGAAAUGCAAGUCUCUCAACACAGCUUUUGAAGGACUACAGUUCAUUACAUUUCCACUCCUGCAAAUUGUGAGGCUGACAUCUUUUAAAUGUAGCAAUAGUUCAUAAAUGUAGUACUUGUAGGAUAAACCAAAGUAUCACUACUCUGUCACUGGACACACACUUUUCCUAUUAUUUGCCUGUAGUGCUUUCUUGUAUUUGAUACAAAUUUUACAAGAAUUUAUAUGCAUCAGCUUUAAGAAUUGUUACUUCUCUUUACUGUUUCCCCUUCCCUUAGAAGUUUUACAUGUGAAUGUAGCAACAAUCAACAGUGUUUUGGGGUUGGGGUUUUGUCUCUCUUAAGAAAGACUGACCAAAGUUACCAGGCUUUUUACUUUGCUAGAACAACAAACUAUCAUAUGUUUACGUAUUGGUUUACAUCGUUAUUUAUGUGCAAAUUGUCAAAU